AUGAGGCCUCUGUUGAAUUAUGCUUGUAUGUCUGUGGGCUUCCUGGUUGAAGAGACCAUACCAGUUGUUUGGAGAGGCCUUAUGGUAAUGUCAGCCAUUGAGAAACUGCUGAGACAGGUAGAUUGGGGUCAACUGGAAUAUUUAGUUGUUGACAUGCUGCCAGGAACUGGAGAUGUGCAGUUAUCUGUCUCUCAGAAUAUUCCCAUCUCAGAUGCUGUGACUGUUUCCACGUCCCAGGAUAUUGCACUGAUGGAUGCACACAAGGGGCCUGAGGUGUUUCGAAAAGUCCCUGUACCUGUUCUGGGCCUUGUCCAGAACAUGAGUGCUUUCCAGUGUCCAAAGUGUAAACACCAAACUCAUAUUUUUGGUGCUGAUGGUGCAAGGAAGCUAGCACAGACUCUUGAUCUUGAUGUUCUAGGAGACAUUCCCCUACAUGUUAAUAUAAGGGAAGCUUCAGAUACAGGCCAUCCAAUUGUGUUUUCACAGCCUGAAAGUGAUGAGGCCUAA